GCAUGGCAUCGCGACUCUCCUCCUCUUGUCGGCAUCCGCGAAUGUCGAGCUAGCUAUGUAUGAUUUAUCCCAUAUUUACCUUUAACUGCUACGAAGGAGGAUGCUUCACUCCAAACAGCAGUAACAUGUGGGGCCUCAAUAUGUACCAGUCCUAUGAUGGCCCGCAAUCCAGCUUUGGAGGCCAGGAUAGCAUUCGCAGCUCCUCGCGCAUAUCUUCAAGGACGGCGGGGCCUUCUAUCCGACUUCAGCUGCCACCGCCUUCACUACAAUUGGGAGUUCACUUUCUGCCGAAGGUACAUACCUUCCGGUGCAGUGGGCCGCCGCCUACUCAAAGUAAGAUAUCAUACGCUCAGCGAUAACAGUCACUCACGUUACACCGGCUUCCUGCUCGCUAUCUUAUGCGUCUCCGUUUCGGGUCUGAUGCUGAGCAUCCGCACGCUCGCGAUCGCGUCGCAACUCUCCAUGGACCACGGCAUGCUGCUCAGCACUGCAGAGCUGAACCGCGUGCGCUGGAGGCGAUGCAUGCACGAUGUGGAGCUCAUCGUCGAUAUCGACACCCUGGAAUUUGUUCAGCUCGAUGACGCGAAUACGCCGCAAGGAAGCCCGCGCAGACCCGCGGUGCAAAUGUCGACGGUAGGCGUAUAUGCGAAAACGGGAGUAUCGCCAAUGCCUGCGGUAAUGUACCUGCUAGUGCGAGUUCUCGACAUGCGAAGCUGUACUAGUCUCUACUGGGUGGCCGGCUUCAUACGCGGAAAAUCGAUGAUGGUCCGGAGACCAGGAUUAUUGAUUGUGUUUGUAUGUUGAUCUGUGCAAACGUCUCCGUAAGGGGACAUGCGAAGCGAAGUGAUAGGGCUCGAAGUCGCCUCUCUCCUACACAGCGCCGGGUCAUAGAGGCGAUGUUUGCUCACCGAAAGGCCCGGAGCUGUAGGUUCAGCAUGAUCAGGAGAAAAUUUGGAUCGAACGCGCAAUUGUGAUACCACGAUCUUCCUGCGGUCGGCCUUGUCGCAUCUGUUGCAAUACUCAGUACUGUGACGAGGUCAAUCAUGUCCACAUGAGCCUCCAUGGUCAAACUGGACAUUUGCAUGCCAAUUCCGAGUCUUGCUGAGCAUCGGUGUUAC